GCAUGGCGGGGCUUUUUUUCUUGGCCCCAUGACGCAGUGUUUGUGGCUGGUGAGGCGGGCGGUUUUGCAGCGCGCCUGCGUUUGCCCUCGGCUCAAGCUUGUGGUCCUUGUCAUGUACUGUAGUUAGUUAAUGCACGCCUGCCCAGUGUGGGUAUGCACAUGUGGGCCGUGUGCAAGCCACACCAUGACCCGCAGACUGCACAUGGAUGGCCCCGGUAGACUUUUCGAAGAGUCGAAAGAGCUUUUUUUUCUUCACCUCGCCAACGUUCACCCUCGGAUUGCCCGCAAGGUUUCUCCUCCCCAUCCGGAUACAAGCCCCGAAUCUCCCUUGUAGCCCUCGAAAGAAAGUAGCGGCAACGAUGUCGACCAUGCGGAAACACAACGUCACGACCUUUCCUCGUCCGCCGAUUGUGGAGAGGACAGACCGUCACAUCCAGAUCAAGUGGCACGGCCAGCUCGUGGCCGACUGCCCGCCCGGCGAGGCCUACUGGGUGCUGGAAGCCCAUCAUGCUCCGACUUACUACAUCCCUCCCAACAGAGUCCGGCUGCCACUUUCGACGACUCCUCGGUCGACCUUCUCCGAGUUCCAUGGCGCGGCCACGUACUAUGCCAUCAUGAGCCCUAUUUCCGCAUCCGAGAUCCUCAGCAACCGCAUCUGGUCGUAUAACGAGCCGCCCAAAGAGUACGAGGCCAUCAAGGGCUACCUCGCCUUCUUCGUCGGACCUUGGGAGUGCUAUGUCGACAAUGAGAGAGCCCAACCUCCGCCGGGUGACUACUACGGCGGCUGGGUUACCAGCGACAUUGAGGGUCUCGUGAAGCCCUCGCCCCAUCAGCCUCAGUGGGGAACAGGCUGGGACGGCGUCUUCUGACGAGGAGAACCAUAGGAGGAGAGAAGACGAAAGGAAGAAAAUUUUUUCUCACAUCCCGCCACCGCUAUCUUCAGGGGUAGUAAAGGAGCGGUCAGCAUGUUCGGUGUCUGCGGCGUUGGGGAACGGUCCAUAUCACUUGGAGGAGGGCAUUAGGCUGGGGCGAGGUGGACUGAUAGACGGCAUCGGAGUAGAAAAAAUGUUUCUCGUCCAGGUUUGAGGCUUCUCAUGGAGAUGUGAGCUCGUC